CUGAGAGUUUAGUGAAUUUAUCUGCUGAGGACUUUGGCUGCUUGGCAAAAUGGCCGAAAACGUAUUUUUGUUCGUUCCAAAUUUGAUAGGCUACGUUCGUAUAUUUCUUGCCAUUCUGUCAUUCUACUACAUGGCCGUUAGUCCAGUAAUAUUUGCAACAUGUUAUUUGCUCAAUGCUUUUCUGGAUCAAUUUGAUGGAUAUUUUGCUCGUCGCCAAGGCCAGGUAUCAAAAUUUGGAGCAAUGUUGGACAUGCUUACAGACAGGUGUGCAACAACAUGUCUUAUGGUGAUGUUGAGCGAGUUCUUUCCCUCGUAUCGCGUUGUCUUUCAGUUUCUCAUUUCACUGGACAUUAGCAGUCACUGGUUACACAUGUACAGCUCGCUGAUAAAAGGUGACCAAAGCCACAAAAUCACAACAAACUUCUUUCUUCGUCUGUACUACUCCUCCUGGACUGUUCUGUUCAUCAUGUGUAUGGGAAACGAACUGUUUUUUGUCGCGUUGUACUUCAUUCACUUUUCAUACGGGCCAACAGUUUUUACUGUGAACAACGUUUCAGUUGGUUGGUGGUCAUUAGUUGCCUACGUGAAUUUUCCGAUAUUUUUCCUGAAACAAUUGAUCAGCGUGAUUCACUUGGUGACGGCCUCACAAGACGUUGUUGCUUACGAUGUUGCUGAAAGACGGAAGACUAGCAGUUGA